AUGACGGAUUCUGUGAUGGAAGUCGACAAUCCUGGGGCGGCUAUCCAGGAGCUCCAGAAUGGCGAUAUUGACGAGUCCCUCUACAGCAGACAGCUAUACGUCCUUGGUCAUGAGGCAAUGAAGCGUAUGGGUUCUUCGAACGUCCUCGUCGUCGGCCUGAAGGGAUUGGGGGUGGAAAUCGCAAAGAACAUUGCUCUCGCCGGUGUGAAGUCGCUGACUCUGUUCGAUCCUCAACCCGUAGCCAUCGCCGACCUUUCUUCCCAAUUCUUUCUGCGUGCGGAAGAUGUCGGAAAACCACGAGCAGAAGUCACUGCACCGCGAGUCGCCGAAUUAAAUUCCUACGUUCCCGUCGCUGUUCAUAAAUCGCAAACAUUGACCGGAGACCUAAGUCAACUCAAACAAUUCCAAGCAGUGGUCCUAACAAACACGCCGCUGAAAGACCAACUAGCCAUCGCCGACUUUUGCCACCAAAACGGCAUCUACCUGACGGUCGCUGACACUUUCGGGCUCUUCGGUUACCUAUUCAAUGAUUUUGGAGACAACUUCACCGUCGGCGAUGUUACAGGAGAGAACCCGAUCAGUGGCAUCAUCGCCGAUAUUGACGAGACUGGCCUGGUGUCUGCUCUGGAUGAGACGCGCCAUGGGUUGGAAGACGGCGAUUAUGUCGAGUUUGCCGAAGUCAGAGGACUGGAAGGACUCAAUGGCGCUGCACCUCGGAAGAUCACUGUCAAGGGCCCAUACUCCUUUUCCAUUGGAGAUGUCUCCGGGUUGGGCAAAUACGAAGGCGGAGGUCUUUUCUCGCAAGUCAAGAUGCCCAAGGUUCUUCAAUUCCAACCGCUAUCUGAACAGAUCAAGAAACCAGAAUUUCUGAUCUCUGAUUUCGCCAAGUUUGACCGACCUGCCCAACUUCAUCUUGGAAUCCAGGCUCUUCACGCCUUUGCUGAGAGUCAUAAAGGCGUCCUACCUCGACCUCACAAUGAUGAAGAUGCGAAGGAAGUGCUAGAACUCACCAAGAAAUCUGCCAAAGAAAGUGGAGAAGAGGUCGAAAUCAGCGACAAGUUGAUCACUGAGCUUAGCUAUCAAGCGCAGGGUGACGUCAGUCCAAUGGCAGCAUUUUUUGGUGGCCUCGCAGCACAAGAGGUGUUGAAGGCGGUAUCAGGAAAGUUUACCCCAGUUGUCCAGUGGCUCUACUUUGAUUCUCUCGAGUCGCUUCCUACCUCUGUUUCCCGAAAUGAGGAACUUUGCAAACCUGUCGGGUCCAGAUACGAUGGCCAAAUCGCUGUGUUUGGAAAGGAGUUUCAGGAGAAGAUCUCCAACGUCAAGAAUUUUUUGGUUGGUGCUGGUGCCAUUGGUUGCGAGAUGCUCAAGAAUUAUGCCAUGAUCGGACUCGGUACAGGAUCUAAGGGUCAUAUCACAGUUACCGACAAUGACUCAAUAGAGAGGAGCAACCUCAAUCGUCAGUUCCUGUUCCGAGCCAAAGAUGUCGGAAAACAAAAGAGUGAGGUUGCUGCUGCCGCCGUUCAGGCCAUGAACCCUGAUCUCAAGGAUAAGAUCAAGUCUUUGACAGAUCGAAUUGGCCCUGACAGCGAAGACAUCUUCAACGAAGAAUUCUGGAAUGAACUCGAUAUCGUCACAAACGCAUUGGACAACGUCGAAGCCCGCACAUACGUCGACCGUCGAUGUGUCUUCUUCAUGAAGCCGCUCCUUGAGAGCGGGACCCUAGGCACGAAGGGCAACACUCAAGUUAUACUUCCACGGCUGACUGAGUCGUACUCCAGCUCCCAGGAUCCUCCAGAACAGUCCUUCCCGAUGUGUACCCUUCGAAGCUUCCCCAACAAGAUCGAGCACACUAUUGCUUGGGCGCGUGAUUUGUUCCAGUCCUAUUUCGUGGGUCCUCCAGAAACGGUCAAUCUGUACCUCACCCAACCGGACUACAUCAACACUACUCUACGUCAACAAGGCAAUGAGAAGAUGAUCUUAGAAACCCUCAAGGAGUUCUUGGUGACCGACAAACCAGCAGAUUUCAACGACUGCAUUGCUUGGGCCCGUGUGCAGUUCGAGAAACAGUAUCACAAUGCGAUUGAGCAGUUGCUGUACAACUUCCCAAAAGACUCCAAAACGUCGAGCGGUGCUGACUUCUGGUCGGGCCCAAAGCGGGCGCCGACGCCUCUGAACUUUGAUCCUAACGACCCCACUCACAUAGGAUUCAUUGUUGCAGCUGCCCAUCUUCAUGCGUAUAAUUAUGGUGUACAGGUUCCUAAGAUUGGUCACGAAGACUAUGUCAAGGUGCUUGAUAGCAUGAUCAUCCCUGAGUUCAGACCAGACGCAAAUGUCAGAAUCCAGGCCAACGAGAAUGAGCCCGACCCAAAUGGGCCAGCAAAAUCAUUUGCGGAUGAUGCUGAAGAGCUGAACAAGAUCAUCUCCGAACUGCCAUCGCCGAAGUCUUUGCCUACUUUCCGCCUGAACGUGGUGGAAUUCGAAAAGGAUGAUGACACUAAUCAUCAUAUCGAUUUUAUCACGUCAGCAAGCAAUCUUCGCGCCCUGAACUACAACAUCCCUGUUGCUGAUCGCCACAAGACGAAGUUUAUUGCUGGAAAGAUUAUUCCUGCCAUCGCCACGACCACUGCUCUGGUUACUGGCUUGGUUGUUCUUGAAUUGUACAAGGUCAUCGAUGGGAAGACCGAUCUUGAACAAUACAAGAAUGGCUUCGUCAAUCUUGCUUUGCCGUUCUUUGGAUUCAGUGAACCGAUUGCAAGUCCCAAGGGCACAUACAAGGGCAAAGAUGGAGAUGUUACCAUUGACAAACUUUGGGAUCGCUUCGAGAUUGACGAUGUCACCUUGACAGAGUUCUUGAAACACUUCGAAGACCUUGGUUUGAGCGUGACAAUGGUCAGCUCUGGAGUGAGCUUGCUGUACGCCAGCUUCUACCCACCGAACAAGACCAAAGACCGGAUGCCGUUGAAGAUGAGCAAGCUCCUUGAGACCAUCAGUCGCAAGCCCAUCCCGGAGCAUCAGAACAACAUCAUCUUCGAGAUCACCGCCGAGGAUUCCACUGAAGAGGAUGUCGAGAUUCCUUAUGUGAUGGUAAAAUACAAGAAGUAG